AUGAACCGGUUUGACGUUUUGGUUAUCGCACUCUUCAGCCUCUUGGCAGUUAUUUCAUGCAGUUUUGCCGCACCAUUCCCAGCUGGUGACGGUCUUGUCGGUGGAGAAGAUCUUGUGGGUGGAGUGCUUGGAGGAGACGGUCUUGUAGGUGGACUGCUUGGUGGAGACGGUCUUGUCGGUGGACUGCUUGAUGGAGAAGGUCUUGUGGGUGGACUGCUUGGUGGAGACGGUGUUGUCGGUGGACUGCUUGGUGGAGACGGUCUUGUGGGUGGACUGCCUGGUGGAGAAGGUCUUGUGGGUGGACUACUUGGUGGAGACGGUCUUGUCGGUGGACUGCUUGAUGGAGAAGGUCUUGUCGGUGGACUACUUGGUGGAGACGGUCUUGUCGGUGGACUGCUUGAUGGAGAAGGUCUUGUCGGUGGACUACUUGGUGGAGACGGUCUUGUGGGUGGACUGCUUGGUGGAGACGGUGUUGUCGGUGGACUGCUUGGUGGAGACGGUCUUGUGGGUGGACUGCUUGAUGGAGAAGGUCUUGUCGGUGGACUACUUGGUGGAGACGGUCUUGUAGGUGGACUACUUGGUGAACCUGUCGGUGGACAACUUUGA